AUGAGUGAAAGUACAUACAAGGAUACUCAAAUAUUUAAACCAAAUGGAACAAAUAUAUAUGAUGACCAUUUAGGAGAGGUAUAUAAAUUAAAAGAUAACAUAAGUGCUGAAGAAUUAUUUCAUUCCAAAAAUAUAUAUAGAGAUGUAAAAUCAAAUGUAAUACCUGGUCCAGUUAAAACAACCACAAUUGAAAAAGUAACAAAAAUACCUAAAAUUAUCUUUAAAGAGAGACCAUUAGACACAAAAAAAGAGAAAAAAGAAAAAAAAGUUAUAACUAAAGAAGUAGAGAUUGAAAAUGUUGUUGAAGUAAUUGAAAAUAAAGAAAAAGUUGUAUAUAAUGAAGUAAAAGUACCAAAAUAUGUUGAUGUUCCAAUUAUUCAACCAAGACAAGAAGUAUGUUAUCAACAAAUUUCCAAAAAUAUACCAAGAGGAGUAGAAUUAGUUAUUACACAAACAUUAGAAGUACCUAAAAUCAAACCAAAGUACGUUGAAAUUCCUGUUCCUAUUUACGUACCAUGUUAUAUUGAAGUACCUAUACCUGCACAAUAUAUACCAACUGAACAAAAUGAAGAGAAAGACUACUUUGCAUCUGGAAUAUCAAAUAGCUCUAAAUUUUCUAAACGUGCAAAUUUUUAUAAUUCCUCAUUAGCGCAUUCACAAAAUUUUAAUACUCCUAUUACUUUGAAUCAAAAUUUAAAUAUAAACGAUGAAAAAUCACUCGAUUUUAGCUCAAAAUGCUCUAUUCCAAAUAUAUCUUCUGAACAAAAAAAUGUAGAAAAGAUGGUAAUAGCUGGAAAUUUAUAA